CUCUUACGUUACUCUCUAACUUUUGCUCCCACUCUCGUAGUACAAAACCCCCUCUUCGGCCAUUUUUCCCUUUUACAUUGUUCUUCUAUCUCUCUGAUUCCAUAAAAAAAAACCUGCCAUAUCGUCGCAACAUUCGAUCGCCGAAUCGAAAUUGUCUACCGAGCGAUGGGGAAGAAGAGGAAGUCCAUAGCGACGACCCUGGACGAGGUGGAUCGGACCAUGUACGCGUCGUUUUGCAGCGCGGCCAACUCCCUCUCUCAGCUCUACACCCAGUCCAUGAACCACCACAAGUUCUCCUUUCAAGCCGGUGAACGCCACGGCCUUGAAAAACUCUAUCAAUGGAUCCGGAGACAACAAGAGGAAGGAUCUAGGGUUGCAACAGUUGAUAUUCUUAAUUACAUUCAGCAGAAUGAGCUGGACUACUGCGGGGAGGAGCCAUCGAUGUCCCCUAGAGCUCCCGUGCAACAACAUCAGCAUUCUCAACCUACAAUGCAUGUCAUGAACUCAGGUUUCCCGGUAUCUUCAGGGUCAUCUGGCCUAACAAGCGCUGGGCACGGAAGUCGCUCCGAGCAUUGUGAUCAUCAAUCCAAGAAUUCAGUCUUCUCAAAUGCUUUAUCAAGCCCUCUCCGCCAGAGUCUUCAACACUAUCACAUUACUCGGGGAGGUUACUCCCCGAGCAGGAACAGUUCAAACGAUUCUGCCAUGGACAUGCAUGCAGAUAGUCCUGCUAAUGAUUCCAGUUACUAAAAUUGAACAUCAUACCGGUCUCUGGCCAUGCAGUUGGGAAGAAGAACCAAGGUGACUACAAGGCUUCUUCACACCUCCAUUAAUGAGUAAAAGCACAGGAUGGAACUGAUACCAUAACCAUUUAUUUUACUUCUAUGUGAGUUUGGGUCUAUUGUAUCUUCUGUAAAGCCCUUGUGUUUGAAUACAUCUGGAAUAUCUAAAUUGGCUCC